GGUUUUGGAACGGAUGUUGGAAGAUGUUAGCUGUGGAUACUGGGGUUGUGGAGGAGUGGUUAUCAGAGUUCAAGACACUGCCAGAAGCAUCCAUAUCCAGCUAUGCUACAAACUUGAAAGACAAGAGUGCUUUGAUUUCAUCUCUUUACAAAGUAAUUCAGGAGCCACAGAGUGAACUUCUGGAGCCAGUUUGCCAUCAGCUCUUUGAGUUCUAUCGCAGUGGUGAGGAACAAUUGCUACGAUUUACGCUGCAGUUUCUACCAGAAUUGAUGUGGUGCUAUCUUGCUGUCUCAGCCAGCAGAGAUUUGCAGAGCAGUGGAUGCAUAGAGGCUCUUCUCCUAGGAGUUUAUAACUUGGAGAUAGUUGACAAAGAGGGACAUAGCAAAGUGCUGAGUUUCACAAUUCCAUCUUUGUCCAAACCAUCAGUCUAUCAUGAACCUUCCAGCAUUGGCUCCAUGGCUCUCACUGAAGGAGCUUUAUCGCAGCAUGGUUUGUCCAGGGUUGUAUACAGUGGACCUCAUCCUCAGAGGGAGAUGUUAACAGCACAGAACAGGUUUGAAGUGCUGACUUUCCUUCUGCUCUGUUACAAUGCUGCCUUAAGCUAUAUGCCUGCAGUUUCUCUUCAGUCGUUGUGUCAAAUUUGUUCAAGGUAAUUUCUGU